AUGACUGUCUACGAGGGCAAAAGACCGGCAACCAAACCUGGAGAGGAGACCAUGUGUACCUCAGCCUCCACAAACUGGCCAGUCGGUGUUUGCUCUCUGAAGCCCGAACCCAAGGAGACCCCGGGCCCGAACCAACUGCCCAUCGAGAUGCUUCAGGAGGUGCUGAGCUACCUGCCCCCACGCACGCUGCUCCGGCACUGCCGCCUGGUGUGCCGGCGCUGGCGAGACGUGGUGGACGGCUGGGGCCUCUGGCGGAGCAUCCUGCCCUGGAAACACCCCGACCUGUGGCCCGUCAUCCGCACCUGCCUGCCCCCUGCUGACGCCCCCGGGCCCUGCAUCCUGGGCCGCUUCUGCGAGCGCAGACCCAUAGGACGCAACCUCCUCCGGAACCCUCGUGGCCUAGGUGGGAGUCCAGGAAAGAGGUCUUACUCCAGGGAGAAGGUGGGAGGGGCCAGACGCAUGAGGCGCUCGGACUCCGUGAACCGGGUGGAACUGGAUCCCAAGAGAAGAGCGGGAGUUUCCCCAAAGGAAACCCCCAGGCGGUAUCACAAGAAGCAGGUGUUGGACCUGGAGAAGGAGGGUCUGUGGCGCGAACUCCUGGAUAGUGGAAACAUUGAGAUCUGUGUCUCUGACUGGCGGAACGACCGACAAGGAAUUGACUGCAUAUAUCAGCUAACUGUCCAUCUUCUAGAUGCCAGCCAGGCCAUCCUGGACCAUUUCUCUCCACUGCCUUUUCCCAUCCGGCGUAGUCGAAACAGUGUCUCUUCUCGGGCCAGCCACGUGUUCUCCAACAUCAAGAAGGGUGUUCGCUUUGUGUCUUUUGAACGCCACAUCUGGGACUUGGAGUUCAGAAAUGAGCAGUAUGGAGUCUCUCUGAUGAACUCCAGUGUCAUCGUGCGGGUCUGUCGACCCUAA